CUGCUGCACAUUCUGAAAGGCACUCAGAUCACACUAAAGUCAAUCGCAGAGGAGAGCGUGAGUAGGAUAGAAAUGAGAGAACCCGAUCAAGAAGUUCCGAAAAUACACUGAUGGCGGAGGUCACCGUAUGCUUUGCAUGGAACAAUUCUUGCCAUGCUGACUCCCCGCCAUCGAAGCUCAACGCCACUAUGGCGCUUCGCCUUUGUGGUGUGUCUUGGCCGGAUUUCGUUUUGGGGACGUGCUAGUCUCAGCGGUUGUAAGCAUUUUUAUGGUGUGUCCGCGACUGGGGCUGAGGGUGGACGACCAUCCGCAGAGAGUGGUGAAAAUGCAGAAACAGUAUCUUCCUCUGCGGAAACGGAUGGUGGGCAGGUUACGUCCACGUCCACUGCAGACGCCGGCCAGGCUUUUACCCGCGAAAAGAACCCGUUCCUGUUGCGUCACGCGAUGUGCAUGGACGAGCCUUUUUUCCUCGAACGGGCCGGGUCGGGCGUGUCGCCUAGAAAGUUCGUCGAACGCUGUGUAAAACUGGUCAUUAUGACCACUGAGUACAACUACCACGACCCAGAAGUUGCCUAUUGCUCUGGAGUGGUGCAGACUUGGGCUGAUAACGGCAUGGCGCGGAGAGCCGAGUGUUUUGUGGACUUCUGCUUCCACCAGCUCUGCCUUCUGUCGCUCAUAUUCUACGCCCUCUACUUCUUCCAGCCGCAGGAGAUCAACGAAGACAUGAGUCUUUGCACCCAGAGCUUCCUACCAUUUGUUUAUGAUUCUUCGUCAAGGAGUGUUUACAGUCAGGGUAAUUUUGUUUUCUUCGGGGCCGACUCGAGGCACAUGCAUCGACGUCAAUUGAUCUGCGUACGAGCUCACUUCGAUGCAAAGUUUUUCAUUACCAAAGAUCAUACGUAUCUACGUAUAAAUUAAUAAGACAAGAAGCAGAUUCAGAUGAUCUAGUACCACACCUCCAAGAACUUUCAUGCCUUCGCUGCGGUGGCACUGAUGCAUGACAUGGGAGCGCACAUAAAGUCGAGGAAAAUCGGGCGGGAGAUGGGCUUGGACGGUCCCCGCAUGGACGACCUCCCUAAGAUCACAGGAGCAGACAUUUCAGUGGAUGAGAGUCGGGCUUUGAUGCUAGAGUAUUACCUGCCUGAAGAGGAGUGGGUGAUAUCCUAUCAAGAGAUCCGCGACAUGCUAGAUUCGAGGAAAGCGCUCUGUCAGCGCUUGCGACAACGGCAGCUUCGAGAGCAGCAGCUAGACUACGCAGCGAAAUUCGCGCUGGAAACGAGUGUACUAGCAAGUACAAGAAGUAGGACCAGCGGUUCGACGCCCCCGAAAAGUCUUGAUUCCGGAACAAGCCCUGUAGAAGAGUCGCUUCAUCCGAAUUUGGUACGAAUAAAAGGAGGUUCCGGCAACAAUGCUGACUCGGAGACCGUUGCAUCGUUACGAGCAGCCUUGUUAAAAAGCGUUCAGGCAGAGGGGCCAGCUGCGCUCCAAACAAGAAUGGAAACCUCACGUCCUCUUUCGUUGCCAGAUGGGGGUGCACGCACAAAGCAUUACAGUUGGGUUGAAUGGAAUGGAACUAACGCCAAUCCAGAGUUACCUCUCCGCUAUCGGCGACCCAGCCACGAGGUAAUUCCCCGCCUGAGAAUUGGCAUCAUUCUAGGCGUCAGCAAUGCCAAGGAAGUGUUAGAGCGGUAUCAAGCAAUUCUGAACCUGUGGCGCUGCUAUGCGAACUAUCACCAGUUUGAAUUCGUGAUGCCGACAGACGAUUACAAUCUAAAAGCACAUUUUCGCGCCUCGAACUGGUUUAGAUGGUACAUGGCAGACCAGUUUCUAGAAAGCUACGACUGGCUCAUUCUCGUCGAUCCGGACCAAUAUGUGGUGCCAGAGUUAUGACUUAGCGAAGAAAGUAGCUACUGACCAGAGUUUUGAUAAGGGAACGAUGAAGGCGUCAUUAGAUUUACGAAUUGAAGAUGUGAUCGGCUUGUCUUCUACGACGGCCUACGACUACUUUUUUCCUCCGUGUCUAAUCCACUGCUGGUCGCCGGACCGGUUUUCGUUUUUACAUGACAUUCUGGCACUUACGGACAAGCAUGUUGUGAUGCGCGACAUCUUUCCUCCGCAAACGUUGAAUAAUGGGUUCACGAUGCUCCGAAAUAGCGUCCAAGGUCGUGCAUUUUUGAACUUGUUGCUGGACAAAAUUUCGUGGAUUCAGACCUUCCAACACGACCAGGGUGCAUUUGAUGAGACGGUGCUCGAAGUAGUCGGGGUGGUAGAACAAGCUUUUGAACAAAGACAAUUCCUGGAGUCGUUUGUAGAGGGCGCAGCGACUACUUCCAACGCGUUGCCACCGUCCCCAAAAAUGCCAGCAACAUCUUUGGUGGAGCAAGGGCAAGAGGCCUCAGCUGGAAAAACGAGUGAACAAGGCGGCUCAGAGGUUGAGAACUACCAACCAGAUCAGAUGGAGGAUUUAAACGCGUGGUACAACGGAAAUGACUUGCGAAGUUUUACUGCUGAUUUCUACGAUUCUAUUUGCAUGCCUUGGCUUUUUCCAGAUGCGAAUGGGGCACAUCAAAUUGCUGCCUAUUCCAUGUGCUGGUGGCAGAAUCUGAAGGAAUUCGCAGGUAAAUCAUCUAACUGUUUGGCUUGAUUGGUUUUGGCCGUAAUAGAUUGUUUUGCAUUUGCUACUUAUCUACUCGGGCGAAGACUGCCACACGCGUGAGAAUGAGAAUUGGCCGCGCAUUCUAGCUACUCGGCUCAGGAGGCUGCCCACGGGUCAUGGCGGCGCGUCUUGGCCUAGCGCACGUGCCGCGGUGGCCUCAGGGCUCCAGUGAAAAGGCCCGGGAAGAGGCGCGCGCGCGCCUGGUCUGGGUCUUCCUUCUGGGGUCCCUGAUUGUUCACGCCCCUUUCGCUGGAACAAAGCUGUGGUAAGAUCUCCGCAAAAUUCUGCAGCAAGCAACGCCACUGCGGCAGAAGUAGCCCACGCCCGCGCCCCAUGAAUGCCAUGCGCAAAGAAGGAGCCUCCGUCGCCCGUCCUUGUACAGGUGGGACAGGGUGGAGUAGACCGCGCCGGUGCCGUUGUUAUGUUCAGGAUUCUAAUCGUCGCAGAUGCCAGAGAAUGUCGCCGGUUUAUCUUGGAGUGUGGUGACUUGGAAGGAAGGCGCUCGCCUGGCGUGCUGUAAAUCUUGAGGGGGGUGCUGCCGUCGAUUGUUCUCGUUUUCCCGUCUGAAGUUGUGCGCGGGCGGACUAGCUCUUCUUGUCGCUCUGUUCGGUUUCUUAUCGGUGGCGUCAUUGCUAUGAGCUGAAGGCGGGCGGAGAGAUGCAACGCGGGCUGAUAGUGGAAACGCGGCAGCCCUUUGCGGCCAACUAAGUCGGUGCUGGGGCGGCAGUGAAACCCGAGCCAGAUCGUAUAACUUCUUCGACGGAAGAGAAGAGGCUCAAAGCCAUCGGGAGCUCUCUCGGCAAGGGCUCUCUAAUUCGACGGCUUAGCUUAUUCGUGUACAUAGUUACACUUGCGCACUUUCUUACGCACACGGGGACCACGCUAGAACAAUGGCACAGGAAGGCGGGGCAGACCCUGCUGAUGUGCGGCGUGCAAUGGCAGAGCGUGCCAACCUCUUUAAAAAAAGAGAGGCAGCAGCCAGAGCAGGCAGCCCGAGAAGGUUGAGGCCUCGCUAAUACUAUGUAGAGACUGACUCCGGUGAGGGCUUACAGUUGCCAGGUGCUCGAGGACUGCAGGCCCAAAAAGCUUUUCAGAGUGAAGCUGCUGAAAGCCGGGAGCAAAGAGAUGGCCGGUGCCGGAUGGAUUAAGAAGGGAGGCGGAGGCGCUAGAGCCGCGCGCACCCCGAUGGGGCGGUCGGCAGAGUUUAAGCCUUGGCGACGCUGCCCGGCUGGGCUUUGCUGGUUAGGUGGAUGUCUAUGGCUCUCGGCGUGGGUGCACUCGAAUGCUAUGCAGGCUCUCCGCAAAGAAAGGGGCGCGUUUGGGUUUUCUUACUUUCGGUUGUGUUCUUGUAUGUAAGUAUAUUGUGGCGCAGGGGGAGCCAUUUAUCGCCUGGCUUAACUGAAUUGACUGAAAACAGGAAAAGCACAACAAGCAGAGGUCCGAACAGAUUCGGCGGCCGUUUUUAAGUAUGUUCUUUAGUAAGUAGCCUCUCUAGCAAUCCUCGCGUUUGCGUAUUCUGUAUCUGUUAGUUUCUGGGCUGCGCGUCUUACCCCGCCCGGCAAGGCUUGUCGCAGUGCGUGCUUGGCUGUAGCGUUAGCGUAUGCUUGUGUGGUAAGUAUUCACCCUGUUUGCUUCUCUCAGGUCCCUCCGGAAAUCGUAGUAGCAAGGUCGUGGAGUUUAUUGACCCGCGGUACGUUGAUAUGAAUCAUGUCGUCGGGUGGCGGCGGCUCGAGAGUCCUGCACUUCUGUAUCACUUCGCUGGCCCGGGCAAGAAUUUCGAGGAUAUCCUAGAGAAUUUCGGAUUAGAACGCCACGUGACCGCUGAUUGCCGCCGGGUGUAUGACUUCGUAGAACGGCGCAUGGAAGAGAAAACUUGCGUUCCUGGCAACAACGCAGUAGACGAUAUUCACAGCUUCUGUCCUCCACCUCUUGUUGUAUGCUGAACAUCAGAAAUCUAACGAUGUAGAAGAGUAGCUUUGAUGCAAAUUUUCAUGUUCUUGUACCUGUUCGCGCUUUUACAGAAAUGAAGAUCCAAGAUGAAGAGGAUGUUUUGAAUGAAGUUUUCCAAUUCAAUUAUGAGAAGGAGCAGCAGCUGAUUCUGUUUCUGAUUGAGAAUAUACAACUGACGAAGUCCGAAACAAUUUUUUCAGUAUCGGCUCAUCGCGGAGCUAUUUCUAAUUUGCGAGCAAACCUGCAAAAAAAAAUCAAUAUUUGAUUGCAGUUUUUAUCUCGGAGGUGCAAAGGUUAGUACUCCCAU